CGUGACCCCUUUCCUAUGCCUGAAUGCAUUUUAGAUAUGAAUAUGUGAAUGCACGGGGCGGGGCAUACAGUAGCAGAGUAUACUGGACAUACGUGGAGUGUGAUCUCCAGGUACGAGCUGAGACCCGUACACACCCAGCCCGAGUCAGAGUGGUUCCUUGCAUUGAAGAACCAUGAAGUGGGAGUCUAUCUUCCUCCUUCUGGCGGGGUCAUGUGCUGCCGUAGGUAUAAAAGUUGCCAUGGAUACAUCAACACUGACAGGUUAUACCACUUCACUGGUGUUGCUGGCAUGGUCAGGCGUGUUUCUUCACAUCUGGAGCCUACAACCAGCUCAUAACCUCCCCUUUUUCGUAGUCCUCAAAAUGUACUUUCAACAAAGGAUCAUAUCAACAGUAGGCAAUUUCAUUUUAUGGAGAUUUAAUUCACUUUGUCGCGACGUGAAUUCCGCUCAAACAAAGACCCUAUUUAAAUUGCUCAAAUUAGGCCAGGACUCUGUGUAUGGUCGAGACUUCAAUUUAGCAGCCAUUACAUCCGUCGCCGAGUUCCGGUCGCGCAUGCGCCUGACUGAGUAUAACGAUUACAAACCUUAUAUAGAGAGGUGUUUGGCUGGCGAAGAAAAUAUAUUUUUCAAGCAAGAAGUGGAUUUCUUCGCUGCUACAUCCGGUACUACUUCCGGUCGCAGCAAGUUAUAUCCUAUAAAUGUAAAAGCAAACAGUUCAUUAUAUGGUCCAUAUUUCGUUAUACCGCUGUCUACAGCCCUCUCUGCAGCGCCUAAACUCCGGAAGCUGAGACUGUCGGAAUACAUGAUGAUACCUGCGAAGAAAAUGAAAACGGAGAUAGGAGUCAGCAAAGGGUCCGUUUCUAUGACGUUUCUGAGACACGAAACGUAUUAUUGCACACCUAAGGUCGCCAACGACAUAUACAGCGAGCAUGAAAGUCAGUACGUGCACAUGGUGUUUGCACUGCGCGAACGAGAUCUGGGGGCUAUGUAUGCAAUGACGUCAACGGCUGUCUUACAAGUGUUGACCCUCGUGGAACAGAACUGGAGAAGACUCGUACGGGAUAUUCGUAGAGGAGAGCUGGAUGAAGAUCUGGAAAUCGCUCAGGAUGUAAGAGAGUCUCUCAACAGCCACCUGACUCCUCUGCCGGAGAGGGCUGAUAAACUGGAGGAAAUCUUCAGGUCUGGAUGUAAGGACAUGGUGCCGAGAAUCUGGCCUCAUUUAGGUGGGAUCUCCUCAAUCUGCACGGGAACGUUUGCUCUGCAAGCGAAGCUAACAAGGGAACGAUAUCUAGGUGAUACCAUUCCUCUCUACUCAUUCUGCCAUAUGUCUACUGAAUGCAUGUACGGGACGAUUGUGUAUACCGGAAGUCUCUGUGAUCCGGACACCUGCGCGGAGAGGGACGAUUACGUCAUCCUGCCAGGCAUGAACUUUUAUGAGUUCAUACCUGCUGAACACACCGAGGACGAACAGCCAGACACACUCUUAGCUCACCAGGUUGAGUCAGGGAAGGACUAUGAGUUGGUUGUAACCACACCACGUGGUUUGUACAGAUUCAGAUCUGGCGACAUGGUACGAGUGUGUGGCUUCUCUGGCAACACACCGAGAUACAAGAUGUUGCAAAGGCGAGGAGAUAUCUUGAAUGUCUACUUGGAAAAGGUUCCCGAAUUUGUUGUGCGCGAGGCGAUAGCGGAAGCUAGCACUCAGUGGACUUCCGGAAAACUGGUCAAUUUUGUGUCUACAGAGAAUAUUCAUGUGGACACAGCGACAGGCACGAGGAGUGACGCGCUGUAUUACGUCAUCUUCGUGGAGACGGAUCCUGGAAAACCAUUGUUGGCAAAAGAGGAAUCGUCGAUCGACUCCCAACUACAACAGGUGUCGGAUACAUACCGAGCGUUCAGAGAUAAGGACACCAUCAGCAGACCCCGUAUCGUGCAGCUUCGUCCCGGGACCUUCCAUCUGAUGAGGGAGAACGCAGCCACGAGGAACCCCACCCUGCACAAAGGUCUCUACAAACACCCACACACAGUCCGCAAGCCAGAAACCCUCUUAUUCCUACUGGACAACAAGUUAUAGCGCUCGCUCUACGUCUUACCGUUAUGUUUUAUGUUAUGAACAUUUAGCCAGACCACUGCCUUGACCGACGCUUGAAUACUGCUGUAUGCUGUUGACAAUUUGAUAUCAAUGUUCUACAUAUUAAACGGACAAAUUUCUGCUUUUCACAAGCAAAAUAGUUUGCUCCUGAACAAUAACAUUUUCCUCCCAGACCAGCAUAGUCCUUGAAGCAAGUCUUGGCUCCACGUGUUCAGAAUCCCAUGAUUCUCCCAUCUCGCCGUUCUCCUUUCCGUUUUAACUGAAAGCAUACACCCACCUAUGAUGAUGCCUAAAAUAUACAAAACAAGACCAUUUUUUUCGAUGUUUAGGGCGUUAGUUUCCACUUUUUCAGAGACUUUCUUCUGCCUAGUAAUGUUGUAAUAAUGUUUGAGAUGUUUUAGACAAAUCCCAUUUGCAAGUGUAUACUUUGGUAUGUUCGAUGUUCAUGCUGUGGAUCAUUGUAUUGUCUGGUCAAGACUUGAUCAUUGACAGACCCCUGCCAUAUAGCUGAAAUAUUGCUGAGUGCAACGUUAAACACACAAACAUAUGCUCGGCUGUUUAUGUCCAUUUUAAUAUGACAGAGCUGCACGUGAUUAUCGACGACAGACAAUGUAGAGUCUUUGGUGCCAAUAUUGGAUUACCAAUAUUCCAAGAAAGGUAAAUCGAUCGCGCAGCCGGAAUCAGUAUGGCACUGUUUGUUUCCGGAUUUUGCGGAUUAAUGGAAUUAGUCUGAAGGAAAGUAUUGUUUCAGAAUUAGGUCAGUGCUCGGGUUGUUUCAUAGUUGGAGUUAACACCUGCAACGCCGGUAGAAAUGUCUUAUUCUUUUGAACAUAAAUAGUGGAAUUAAUUUGAAAAUAUGAUAUGUUCUAUCAAUACCAGAUAUCAAUAUAUGUGCAUCAGACGAUUUUUCCUUUUACGCCUGACUUGGGUGUGUUUACCUACAAAAUGUAUAGGACCUUGGCAUACACUUAUUGCAGGAGGUUUGCAAACACGUAAAAGAUACGCACUAUUUAAAGUAAAUAAACACUACACGGUACCGUGUCUGUGGCAGUGUUCAGAAGUACAAGCAUGUAUAUCUAAACAGACAAUGACCAACAAAGCCAAGUGUUGUAGGAAAGUACAAUGGGGCACACAUGCAGAGUUCAUCAUAGACUGAAAUCCAGUCAGUCCGGAAAUUUUGCCUGGUUCCCUUGGUAUGCUGCGCUUGCGGUACACACGGGUUAAACAUAUGAUAUUUAUAUUUCUUAUAUAGUUUGGGCAGGGGAGAGUAAUAUUCUUCACUCGGGUUAACCAUAUGAUAUUUAUAUUUCUUAUAUAGUUUGGGCAGGGGAGAGUAAUAUUCUUCAUGUUCUGAGAUUUUUCUGUAAUCAUUUUUCAAAUUAGAGUGCUUAAAAUUUCUCACCAUUUGAUAAAACAACUGUACAACUUUAUACAUAAUAUAAAUAAAUAAACUAUUUACAUUUGC